AUGGCAACGAGCAAGAAUCCCUUUCUCAUUCAGAACUCGACGGCAGGUCGAAGCUACGGCAGCGCCAGAUCGCUCGCAGCUCCUCUCUUCCUCAUCCACGAUGCUAGCGGCAACAUUUUAAGCUACCUCAAGCUGGGCUCUCUGGGGGACGCUCGCAAAGUAUACGGCAUUAGCGAUCCUCACUUCGGGCAUGAAGGCGGUAGCUGGCUGAGCGUCGAUCAAUUGGCUCGGCACUAUAUCAAACUCGUCAAGAAAGUCAUGCUCCGGGGAGACAUUCUUCUAGGAGGGUGGUCGUUUGGGGGCAUCGUCGCCAUUCAGAUGGCCCACAUGCUUGCCGCAGAAGGCCGAGGCCUCGUGUGCUCAGGCCUGAUUCUAAUCGAUACUAUUUACCUUUCGCCGUCCCGCUCUCUCGGCUCCGGCGCAAACUCUAACCUUGCGCCCUCAAUGCCCGCCAACGUAACGCCUGACACCCGUGACGAAAUCCUGGUCUCGCUGGUUCGCUGCCACAUGCUUUGCUCGUCGUGGUUGCCGCCCUCAUGGGCCUGCCGCCGGGUUCCACGGGCGGUGCUAAUCAAGGCUACGGAUCCGAUUUCGGGCCAGCCCGAGCAUCUCGGAGACCGCGACCCUACCGGAGACCGAAACCUUGGUUUGUGCAGGCUGGACGCGCAGCGCCAUCAAUUCGAUCUUGGAUGGAGCGAGACACAGCCGGAGCUUGUCACAGCUGUCAUUGACACGCCGGGACAUCACUACGCCCUGUUUGCUGAUGAGAACGUAUGUUUCUGA